CAGCUCCAUAAAAAAACAAAAAUCAGCUGUGUUGUGUGUUUGCCGAAAUUCGAGUGAAAAUAAACCGAUUGCCUUUUCGGGGUAUUCCGGGCCUCUCGAAACUCCUAAUCCAGUGCUUAGACUGCCACGGAAAGUGUCGUCAAUUGUGUGCGAUUGUGUCCGCUACGUCGUUAGGUGUGGUCGAUCCAAGCUCCUUCGUUUAUGCUAUCCAAAGACGACGUAGUUCGCAGCGGUCUUCGUUUGUCUUCGUUUGCAGUGGCACUCCUUAGAAAUAGCCCUCAAAAUGAGUGAAAAAGUGGUGCUAGUAACGGGAGGAACUGGGCUGAUCGGUCGGGCUAUCGAAACCGUGAUCAACGAGGAAAAGCCGGCUGAUGAACGCUGGCUGUUUGUUGGCUCGAAGGAGGCCGACUUGACUGAUCUGGAAUCGACGCGCCGCAUGUUUGAAAAAUACCGGCCAACGCACGUGGUGCACCUGGCGGCGAUGGUUGGCGGACUGUUCCACAACAUGAGCAACAACCUCGACUUCCUCCGGAAAAACAUGUUCAUCAAUGAUAAUAUUCUGCUGCUUAGCCACGAGCUGGGAGUGAAGAAGGUGGUAUCGUGUUUGUCGACCUGCAUCUUUCCCGAUGUCACCACUUACCCGAUCGACGAAACAAUGAUUCACAACGGACCACCGCACCAGUCCAACUUUGGUUACAGCUACGCCAAGCGAUUGAUCGAUAUUACGAACCGUGCCUACAAUCAACAGUACGGCGACCUCUUUACCUCUGUAGUGCCUUGCAACGUGUUUGGACCGCACGAUAACUUCACCCCGGGCGUGAGCCAUGUUAUACCGGGCAUGAUACACCGUAUGCAUGAGCUGAUCUACCUUAAAAACCCCGAACAACCUCAAGAGGAGAAAGUGUUUUCCGUGUACGGAACGGGCAAACCACUGCGCCAGUUCAUCUACUCGCUCGAUCUUGCCAAACUGUUCAUCUGGGUACUGCGGCACUACGACAGCGUGGAACCGAUCAUUCUCUCCGUGGACGAAGCAGCCGAAGUGUCGAUCGCCCAGCUGGCCGAAUCCCUCGUGAAGGCAUUCGAUUUCAAAGGAAAGCUUGAGUUCGAUACGAGCAAAGCCGAUGGCCAGUACAAGAAGACGGCAUCGAAUGCGAAACUGCGUCGGCUGCUGCCCGAGUUCCGCUUUACCGAAUUCGAUACCGCCAUCAAGGACUCCGUCAAAUGGUACAUCGAUAAUUACGAGCAUGCCAGGAAAUGACCCCCUUGUUAACCCCUUGAGAGAGAAUAAAGCUGGUUUGUUCUUUCUUUGUCGAGCAUAAAACGGUGGUACCAUAGGAAUUAUUUC